CUGCCUCCCCAAAAGCUCAGCUGCGUCCUUCCUCCUCCCCGCGACUCCACCCCGCGCUCGCACAGGGUCCCCGACGCAGGAGUUCUGGGCGCUCUGUGCAGUUGUUUCUGGGGAAGGAGGGGCCACGCGUUGAAGGUUGAUCUCUUCUUAUGAGGGUGUGGAAGACCUAAGGGGGAAAGAGGGACUGGCCCAGGGUCCCAGGGUAAUGAACGUCUUCGCCCAAGCAUUUUCCACCGAAAUAAUCACCCCUUUCUUCCAAACAAAUGGAAACAGAUCUCAGAAGGCUGAGGAUGUGUGAGGGACUUUGAAGAGGAGAGGCCUGAGAAGGAGGAACGGGCUGCAGGGUGAAUGCACAUACACACCGCACCACGUACACACACAGUUCCCUGUGGCUCCAGGACCAGCCUCCAGGACCAGUCUCCAGUGCUACCCCAGGCAGAAGGGCUGCCCCGGAGCUCUGCUGGCCCUGGAGCUCUGCAUGAGCCCUCCUGUCCCGUCUUCAUCCCUCUUCUCCCUCCCAGGGUCCAACUGCUGUCACUUCGUGCUCUGCCAAGGAGGAGGGAACUGCAGUGACCGCAGGAGUAACUGAGUGGGAGGCAGGGCAAAGCCUGGGACCUAGGGAUGGAGAGGGAGGUGCUGAGGCCAGGUGACAGUGAGAUCAGCGAGAGAGAGCAGUGGAGUAGGUAGAGGGUGGUGAGAGCCAGGGCAGAGUGGAAACCAAAAGCAGCAGAAAAGGGGCAGAAGAUAGGGGUACUUGAGGGUGGCAGGGCACUCAGCCAUGUUGGGAGCAAAAAGACCCAGGGUACCAAUUUCCUUACACAGCCUGGGGUUGCCCUUGGCCCUAGGGCUUCUAGCUAUGAGGGUUGGGCGGGCCCAGGAGGGGUCUGAGCCUGUCCUGCUGGAGGGCGAAUGCCUGGUGGUCUGUGAGCCCGGCCGAGCUGCUGCAGGGGGACCGGGGGGCGCAGCUCUGGGAGAGGCACCCCACGGAAGAGUGGCAUUUGCUGCAGUCCGAAGCCACCACCAUGAGCCAGCAGGGGAGACCGGCAACGGCACCAGUGGGGCCAUCUACUUUGACCAGGUCCUGGUGAAUGAGGGUGGCGGCUUUGACCGGGCUUCUGGAUCCUUUGUAGCCCCAGUUCGGGGAGUCUACAGCUUCCGGUUCCAUGUGGUGAAGGUGUACAACCGGCAGACCGUCCAGGUAAGCUUGAUGCUGAACACAUGGCCCGUCGUCUCAGCUUUUGCCAACGACCCUGAUGUGACCCGGGAGGCAGCCACCAGCUCUGUGCUGCUUCCCCUGGACCCUGGGGACAGGGUGUCCCUGCGCCUGCGUCGGGGACAGUAUCGUUGGGGCAAGAGAGACCUCCUGCAGGUUGCCUGUAUCCCACCUCCUUGCAUGAGAUCCCGUGCCAAACACCCAGAGAAGACAAGAGCAGAGCUGUGGCAACCCUUGACCCAGCCCUUGUCACCCCACUCCAAUGCACAGGUCCCCUCUCAGUCCCACUGCAUCUCUGUGCUGUAGCCCUAAACCCAGGGCAAGGUUUGGCAGGGACAGAGGCCCACAGCAUGACUUUGCAUUCUCUGCUUCUCCUGCUCUUCCACCCCAGCUUCCUGCUCACUGCUAUUUGGGGACAGGUGGCAAAGGUAAGCCUGGACAGGCUCCCACAGAGGCCCAGAUGGACCAGCCUCAGAGCACCCCACAGUCCUUCCUGUGGGCAGCGCCAGCAUUGUGGAUCUCAGCCCACACCACCGUAUGGUUGAGGCAGGAGGCUCAGCCUCAAGCAGAAGUGUGGGUAGGGCUACAGAGCAGUCCAGAGCCUGUGGCUAGUGAGGCAGGAAGCGGGUGUGUGCUUAGCCUGAACCUGGCGCAUAUUCUACAUGUGAGAUGUGAUCAUAAAAUAUGGUGAAUGUUUAAUUUUUUAAAAAUUAUCAUAGUAAAGGACACAUUGGUUUUU